CACCUCUCACCCACCUUUCCACAGACAACCGGACGCUGUGGGCGCGUCAUCAACCAGCGACCGGUGAAGAAGAGGUGACGAGAAACCUGCGAAGGAAGUGACGUAAGAAACGAGCGCCUCUGAGAACGCCAGCAGGGAGCACGUGGAGGCCAUGGCCCCUCGGCGCCUCCUGUUGGUUGGGGAGGGGAAUUUCUCCUUCGCCGCCGCUCUGAGCGAGACCCUGGAUCCGAGCACCAGUCUAACCGCCACCUGCCUCCAGCGCCCGGCCGACUUGGCCCGGGAUCCGGUGGCCCAGGAGAAUGUACAGCGCCUGCGCGAGCAAGGUACAGAGGUACGUUUUGGUGUGGACUGCACCCAGCUGGCAGAUGCCUUUGAACUGCACGACAGGGAGUUUGAUCGAAUUUAUUUUAACUUUCCACACUAUGGACGCAAAGCUGGAGUAGCUAAGAACAGGGAGCUGCUUGCCAAGUUUUUCCAGAGCUGUACAGACGUUCUUGCAGAGGAAGGAGAGGUCCAUGUGGCAUUGUGUAGAGGACAAGGUGGGACUCCUGCUGAUAAGCCCAUGAGAGAAUGGCACAACAGUUGGCAAGUGGUUGCCAUGGCAGCUCUGGGGGGAUUCAUUUUAAGUGAUGUGUAUCCCUUCAGCUGUGAGGCUGUGCCAGGGUACAAGAGCACUGGCUAUAGGAGUCAAGAUAAGUCCUUUCAUGUAGAAGGUGCUUUGAACCAUAUCUUUACCCGGAGCCUACCCUUUGAAAGUUUGCAACCCAGAAUCUUCAGGAUCAAACUGGGUGACCAGUGGUUUUCCUUUCCAGAACCAGAAGCACUUGUAGGAAAGUUGAACAGGGGUUUCCUAGAAGCACCUUCAUGUCAUCCUGUCAAAACCAUAAAUGAGAAACUCAUUGCUGAAUUGGACAAAGCUUUCCCUCUUAAAAGGGUGAAGUGUUCCUUCCCUUUGCUGCCACAGGGAGGCACCGGUGUUGUUACUUCUUGGAACUGUGACAUUCUAUCAGCUGCCUUUUGGAUUAGUUUCCACGAAGAUAAUGCAAAUUCUGAGUCCCUGACUGGUGGGACAACAGAAGAUAUGGAGGACUGUCUAGUGUCAUUUUCAGAACUUAGCCUUCCCAAGAGCCCUGGAAGAGACAGUAAGGAAGAAGCUCAUGAAGGUAUCUAUAGCCAAGCCAAGAUCUGCCUUAGACCUUCUCUCCUAGUUCAUGUUCAGGCUGUCAUCCAAGCGCCAGACUUCCUCCCAGGUUCUCUGCACAUCCUCAGUGGACCUGUCUUUCAGAAGUGCCGCAUUUCGCCUUUCACAAUGCCAGCAUUUCAUGAGACUUUGUUUAUCUUUGGGUUUAGUGAAAAUCUGAAGGAUGGCUGCCUUCAGUCACUACUGGAUCACCUGAAGGGCAUUCUAGAUAACCUUCUAACCCAGACAUUCCUGGAGGGCUCUAAGCUAAGCAGUUCGGUGGAAUUUGUCUUUCAACCAAAUGGGAAAGAUUAUAUGAUUAAUGUAAAGUCUCAUAAUUUUGGCCCAGAUUGUGCCAAGGAUCUGAUUAUUGGGUCUGUCAUCACAUCUGCUACAAGCAUUUUACACGAAGACCAGUGUUUUGUGUUUGUGUCUAUGAACUUGGACCUAUUAGCCAUGCUUGUCUGGAGUAUCUCUGACUGGAGAAUGUUGUGGACCUUUGACAACCGUUUCUUGAAGAAUUUUGUCCCUGGGAAAAUAGAACCCUUUAAAAGCUAUUCCCUAUAUCCACCAUGCUAUGUGCAUGAUAUUAGUUUUUGGUUAGAUGAUAAGAAAGGAUUUGAUGAAUUAGAGUUUCAUACUUUGGCCCGAGCAGUGUCCCAGGACACUGUCAUAUCCAUACAAUUCCUUAGUCGUUUUCAGCAUCCAAAGACUGAACAGGUCAGCCUUUGCUAUAGAUUGACCUACCAGACCUGUGACAAGGCCCUCACCCGGCAGCAGGUAGCAUCAAUGCAGACCCAGUUUAGGAAGGAGAUUCAACAACAACUACAUGUGACUCCUCGGUAGUUUAGUAAAUUCAUUUCUAUAGUGUGAUCCUCAUGGGUGUGGGCAUAGAUGAAAAAGACCAAUUUGUAACUGGUAGUCCUUCUGGACUGUGUUUUUUGUAAAAUUUUUUACCUUGUGACUAUCGCCAUUGUUGGUUGACUCUAAAGAUAUUUGUAACUCUGUCACUUCAACUUACAGACUAUACUGAGAUUGGUGACCUUUGGAGCUGGACAAUAUUUUGAUCGUGAGUAAUGACUAGGAAAACAAACCAAUAAAACAGCAUCUUGUACUUCAGAUGCUCUGUUGAUGAAGAGGCGGUAGAACUUGAAUGUCUCAUCAAAUAUGUUAAAAAAUAGAUUUUCCACACUGUCAGUUCUUCUUCCCUUAGCUCUAUUGUAUCAUCUCACUAAGUCAAUAUACAAGAGUGGUUUCUGGACCAACAUGUAUUAGCUUGGGUAAGUUACAAGUGCUCCAUAAUUAGUAUUGGGAUCAUCGUCAUUUUUAUUCUGUGGUUGACUACUGUUAAAGUUAUGGAACUAAUAGAGUUGACACUGGGGUCUGUCUGACUCUAAAGCCUAUGUUCUUUCUGCCACUUUCUGUUACUUUGCUUCUCCUUCCAUAGUCUUCUUCAACAGUAACCUCUCAACUUUGAUUAACUCUAAACUUUGCCCCCCUAGAUUUUGGGGUCUUCUGUUGUAAGCAUCUCUGAGGGACACUGGGAGAUUGGCACAGCCCAGGACUCUGCAGAAUG